AAGGAGCCGAGCGAGCGCGGCGUCCGGUGCGGUUUCCAAUGAGCGGCGCGGAGCCUGCGACCCCGACAACCCCAGCCCACUGCAUCCCCCUUCCCACGGCUCACCUGGGGACAGGUGACAGGUCUGGCCCUGCUCGGAGGAUGAUGGCCCAGCCCCCUCAGAAGAACUAGAGUCACCCCCGCCCCCACCCGUGUCGGCAGGAUGCGGCUGUGGAAGGCGGUGGCAGCAACGUUGGCCUUCAUGAGCAUGGACGUGAGCGUGACCACGGCCAUCUACGCCCUCAGCCACCGACACCGCAGCCUGCUGGAGGACAUCCGUGACUUCAACGUCUUCGACUCUGUGCUGGACCUGUGGGCAGCCUGCCUCUACCGCGGCUGCCUGCUGCUGGGAGCCGCCAUCGGCGUGGCCAAGAACAGCUCGCUGGGCCCCCAGCGGCUGCGGGCCUCCUGGCCGGUCAUCACCCUCGUGUGCCUGGGCGUGGGCAUCUUCGCCAUGGUCAAGCUGCUGCUCUUCUCCGAGGUGCGCCGGCCCAUCCAGGACCCGUGCUUCUGGGCCCUCUUCGUGUGGACCUACGUCUCGCUGGCCGCCUCCUUCCUGCUCUGGUGGCUGCUGUCCACAGUGCAGCCGGACGCAGAGUCCCUGGAGCCCGGGGCCGGCCCAGAGGCGGAGGGCUUUGCCGAGCAGGCAUCGGGAGCCACCCUGCAGAAGCUGCUGUCCUACACCAGGCCCGACAUGGCCUUCCUGGUAGCCGCCUCCUUCUUCCUCAUCGUGGCCGCUCUGGGUGAGACCUUCCUCCCGUACUACACGGGCCGGGCCAUCGACAGCAUCGUCAUCCAGAAGAGCAUGGACCAGUUCAGCACGGCUGUGGUCAUCAUGUGUCUGCUGGCCAUCGGCAGCUCGUUUGCCGCAGGUAUUCGGGGCGGCAUUUUUACCCUCAUAUUUGCCAGACUGAACAUUCGCCUCCGGAACUGCCUCUUCCGCUCGCUGGUGUCCCAGGAGACCAGCUUCUUUGACGAGAAUCGCACAGGGGACCUCAUCUCCCGCCUCACCUCGGACACCACCAUGGUCAGCGACCUGGUCUCCCAGAACAUCAACAUCUUCCUGCGCAACACAGUCAAGGUCACGGGUGUGGUGGCCUUCAUGUUCAGCCUCUCCUGGCAGCUCUCGCUGGUCACCUUCAUGGGCUUUCCCAUUAUCAUGAUGGUGUCCGACAUCUACGGCAAGUACUACAAGAGGCUGUCCAAAGAGGUCCAGAGCGCCCUGGCACGGGCCAGCAGCACGGCCGAGGAGACCAUCAGCGCCAUGAAAACUGUGCGGAGCUUCGCCAACGAGGAGGAGGAGGCGCAGGUGUACUCGAGGAAGCUGCAGCAGGUGUACAAGCUCAACCGGAAGGAAGCAGCUGCCUACACCUACUACGUCUGGGGCAGCGGGCUGACGCUGCUGGUGGUCCAGGUCAGCAUUCUGUACUACGGGGGCCACCUGGUCAUCUCGGGGCAGAUGACCAGCGGAAACCUCAUCUCCUUCAUCAUCUACGAGUUCGUCCUGGGGGACUGCAUGGAGUCGGUGGGCUCUGUCUACAGCGGCCUGAUGCAAGGCGUGGGUGCCGCCGAGAAGGUGUUCGAGUUCAUUGACCGGCAGCCGACCAUGGUGCAUGAUGGGACGCUGGCCCCCGACCACCUGGAGGGCCGGGUGGACUUUGAGAACGUGACCUUCACCUACCGCACUCGGCCCCACACCCAGGUCCUGCAGAAUGUCUCCUUCAGCCUGACCCCAGGCAAGGUGACGGCCCUGGUGGGGCCCUCGGGCAGCGGGAAGAGCUCCUGCGUCAACAUCUUGGAGAAUUUCUACCCGGUGGACGGGGGCCGCGUGCUGCUGGACGGGAAGCCCAUCGGUGCUUAUGACCACAAGUACCUGCACAGAGUGAUCUCCCUGGUGAGCCAGGAGCCCGUGCUCUUUGCCCGUUCCAUCGCCGACAACAUCGCCUACGGGCUGCCCGCGGUGCCCUUCGAGAUGGUGGUGGAGGCGGCGCAGAAGGCCAAUGCCCACGGCUUCAUCCUGGAGCUGCACGAUGGCUACGGCACAGAGACUGGGGAGAAGGGCGCCCAGCUGUCGGGUGGCCAGAAGCAGCGGGUGGCCCUGGCCCGGGCUCUGGUGCGGAACCCGCCCAUCCUCAUCCUGGACGAAGCCACCAGCGCGUUGGACGCGGAGAGUGAGUACAUGAUCCAGCAGGCCAUCCACGGCAACCUGCAGAAGCACACGGUGCUGGUCAUCGCGCACCGCCUGAGCACGGUGGAGCAGGCACACCUCAUCGUGGUGCUGGACAAGGGCCGCGUGGUGCAGCAGGGCACCCACCACCAACUGCUGGCCCAGGGCGGCCUCUAUGCCAAGCUGGUGCAGCGACAGAUGCUUGGGCUCGAGCCCACCUCGGACUAUACGCCAGGUCACAAGGAGCCACCCGCCAAUGGCAGCCACAAGGCCUGACCAGCCCAUGGGGUGCCCGCCUGGCAGACAUGUCCUUGGCAGCCCCAGCUGCCCUCCAAACCCAGGCCCGGCCCGAGGGCCACCUGCCACAUCCUGUGUAUCACUGCUUUUUGCAUUGUGCCCCGGUCCCCUCCCUGGUCCCAGGCCUACCAGCCCUGCUGCCAUGAGCUGCCCCCUCCAGUCAGGGCACUGCAGACAGACACCACUGCCCAUGCCCACCCGGCUUCUCCUCGGAGGACCAGCUACCUUUUUAAGCCCAGACCCAACCAGGUUUUUCUUCUGCUUUUGCUCCAUGGCCCCAGCCGGCUCGUGGGUCUCAGAAACAUUUUGUUAUUGGCCAGUCAACGGUGGGCAAGCUUGCUGAGAUGCUCAGAAGCUUCUAGGCCGGGAGGGAAUGGUCCCUCCCCUAAUAGCCUGGGGGGAUAUCAGGGGAAAACCAGGCCUCUCGU